AUGGUUGUUGUUGAUGGAUGGAAGAGGAAGAGUGGAUGGAGCCGGUUCAUCGUUCCAGCACUCUUCCCCGCCUGCCUACUGCAGACAGACACACCCAUAUCUGUUGUGCUGGCCGUCGGUGGUCGGUCACGUUUCGAUAGCAACGGCCCUGCCUGCGUCUCGCGUCUGGCUGGCCAUGUUGCCAAGCAUCGAGGACUGGUUCCUGCACAUGAUCUCCAAUCAGAUGGUCAGCAUUUAAAUGUCCGUGCAGACCAUGCUUGUUUUUGGCUGCUGAUGGCUGAUGUGGAUGAUGGGUACAAGGCCUGGGUAGAAUACAUGCGAGUACUCCACACACAAGUACCUACCUCGCUGAAGCAGCUGACAGCGCGCACUUUUUACACGUAG